UGAUUUCCCUUCUGUCAAUCGGGGCCAGCACCAACUUGAUUGGUUUCUUUGGCUGCCAAUCAAGCAGAAGCCACGACAAUGCGGUGUUGUGGUAUGGAGGCGGGGCUAUGUUGAGCGGCACCAGCAGCAGAGGAGCGGCGUCGACACGGUGGACCGCACAGUGACAGGGCGUUAUCUUUUACAUGGUUAAAACACUAAACGAAGAGGAAGACGCACGCGGAUCAAUAGAAACAUAUCUAAAAUACUCAGUCCGUCAUGGAGUCCUAUGACAUUUUAGCUAACCAGCCGGUUGUGAUUGAUAAUGGUUCGGGGGCCAUCAAGGCUGGUUUUGCAGGUGACCAGAUCCCCAAAUACUGCUUCCCUAACUAUGUGGGACGUCCCAAGCAUGUGCGUGUGAUGGCAGGAGCCCUGGAGGGAGACCUCUUCAUCGGACCCAAAGCAGAGGAGCACAGGGGCUUGUUGUCGGUGCGCUACCCGAUGGAGCACGGGAUAGUGAAUGACUGGAACGACAUGGAGAGGAUCUGGCAGUACGUUUACUCCAAAGAGCAGCUGCAGACUUUCUCUGAGGAGCAUCCUGUGCUGCUGACUGAAGCUCCACUCAAUCCCAGCAAGAACAGAGAGAAAGCUGCAGAGAUCUUCUUCGAGACGUUCAACGUUCCUGCUCUCUUCAUCUCCAUGCAGGCUGUGCUGAGCUUGUACGCCACAGGCCGCACCACCGGUGUCGUGUUGGAUUCCGGUGAUGGCGUGACCCACGUCGUGCCCAUCUACGAGGGCUUUGCCAUCCCUCACUCCAUCAUGCGCGUGGACAUCGCUGGUAGAGACGUCUCACGGUACCUUCGUCUGCUGCUGCGUAAGGAAGGCUACAACUUCAACACGUCCGCUGAGUUUGAGGUCGUCCGUACCGUCAAAGAGAGAGCCUGCUACCUUUCUCUGAACCCUCAGAAGGACGAGACUUUAGAAACAGAGAAGGCUCAGUAUGUUCUCCCCGAUGGCAGCACUUUAAAUAUUGGUCCGGCGAGGUUCCGGGCACCGGAGCUGUUGUUCAGACCCGACCUGAUCGGAGACGAGAGCUCGGGGAUCCACGAGGUUCUGGCCUACGCCAUCCAAAAGUCUGACAUGGAUCUGCGGCGCAUGCUCUUCUCUACCAUCGUGUUGUGUGGAGGGUCAACACUGAUCAAAGGAUUUGGGGAAAGACUACUAACUGAAGUGAAGAAGCUUGCACCCAAAGACGUGAAGAUCAAAAUCUCUGCGCCACAGGAGAGGCUGUACUCCACAUGGAUCGGCGGCUCCAUCUUGGCAUCGUUGGACACCUUUAAAAAGAUGUGGGUGUCAAAGCGGGAGUAUGAAGAAGACAGAGCACGUGCCAUCCACAGGAAGACCUUCUAGAUGCAGGGGGAGGGGCGGCACCACACCCCCAGCCCCUCAGAACUGCCCUCAGACAUCUCCCAUCAUACUGCUGGAGAACUUCCCUGACAUCAGCAGGAACAUCUGUAUCGUCCUUUAUCAGCCCAGCUCCCACCUUCCCACCCAGAGAAACACAUAUUUCUAUGUGCUGGUUCCCACAUGGACCCCCGCCCCCCGUUCUUCCUGCUGUCAGGUGACGGUGACAGCACCAUCCUCCCCUCUGCACACACACCCCCCACUCAAACACUCACAUUCAGAGGGCGUCAGGGUAUCUCAGAGGGCGAUGGUUAGCACUGUGGACUCCUAUUACUCUCAUCGAGGCCACGUUGAAGUAUUGUUGCUCUCUCGCCUCCGCAGCCCCGUGAGCUGUAAAAUAUCAUGAAACGUCAAAAACCUUACAUGGUUCUUUUCUUUGCUACUGUUGAAAUUUCCAUUCCAGAUCGAAGAUUUACGUUUUUUUUUUUUUUUUAUUUUGUUUAUUUUGUAGGCUUUUUCCCCAUCCUUGCAUCGAUUAGCUCGUACUCAACAAAAGGUUUGAAGUAGUACAUUAAAGAUCACUUUAUUGUAAGUCUAAACUGCACAGUAAUCAUUCAACCCGCCUGAAGUUCCUGUCAUUAGCAGUGACAUGUUGUGUGUGGACAUGAAACCACAUGUUUGUUUGGAGAUGUUCACCGCCAUCUUUGUUAAAACAUUUGGGAAACACCUUCAUUUAUUUAUUUUUGUUUUUUAAAUCUGUCUCCAGAUUCCACAUUUACAAGGAGAAAUGCCUUUUUUUUUUUCUUUCCCCCCUCCUUUGGGCCUGCUCUGACUGCUUCCUGUUUACUGUGCACGCUUUGUCUCUGCUGUAGAGUUCAGAUUAAACAAAGUAUCCCUGUGGGCUUGCUACUAAAAGAACCUUCCUGUUCAUCUGUGGUAAGAAGACACUUUUUAUUACUGAGGUUUAGGUAAUGUUUGAUUGUACUGCUGCAGAGCUGUCAUAUCAGGAUUAGUGGGGACGGUUAUUUUCUCUAUUGAUUCGCAGACAUGAAACAGAUGACGGGACAAGUAAAUCAAAACAAUGUGGAAAUGCAAAGAGAAAUGAAGUAACUAAUAAAAUGAAGACAAAUCAUAUAUAUUUGUUCAUUUAUCUUUGUAUAUCAACAUAAUUUCAGCAAUUAUUUGUGUGUAUGUGCUUGGAUUUUUCAUUGUAUGAAUUUAUUUUCAUUCUUUUCAUUUUUCCUUGCUCUUGUGUCAGCUGCUCUAACCGUUCGGUUGAGUUGACUAAUGUUGACUGGUUAAUGGAAGGCUGCUGGUUCAAAACUAGAAGCUUAAAUCUUCAUUUCAGCUGUUACAAUGAGCACAAGCACCAGGGAAAUAGAAAGCAUGGGGAUUAAUAUUUAGAAAAAUAACCCAAAAAAAGUACCUUACUUGCAGUAAAGGAAAAAUAAAAUGUAUAAAUAAAUAUACAGAAAUAAAUGAACAAAUAUUAUUACUUAUAUUGUUCUUUUUUUAUUGUUUUACAGUUUUUUUUCUCUUUUCUCCCCUUUUUCUCUAUUGUCAUUCUAUAGAUUGAAAAGAAAUCCAGAUUUUGCAUCUGUUUCUUGAAACUACAAAACAGAUGAGCAAGUUUCCGAAGCCCAGAGUCAGGAUGGAGUUAGCUGUCAGAGGAUUUUUAA